AUGGGUUCUUCAGAUGAUGGUUACGACGACCCAUUUGCUGGAAUUUACGAGAUUUUUUCUGGGUUAAAUGAGAUGGAUUUUGAGCUGCACGGGAUUUACAUGGAUCAUGAACCACGACAGGAGUUUGUAUCAAGGCUUGAUAAAUGUAAGGAUCAUUUUCUUAACAUUCUACUUUGUGAUGCGAACAUUAGAAAUGCAAGUAUGACUAAUGAGAUGAAAGAUCGAGUGGACCAUGGUAAUGAUUUGGAAAAUGAGGAGGAGGUAGAGGAAGAAGUGACUAACAAAUACAGAAUACACGAUCCAAAUGUUAGGUGGGAUAAGAUGGAACCUAAGUUAGGGGACGUGUUCGAAUCACCUGCACAACUGAAAUUAUGUGUGACAAACUAUGCAGUAAAUGGAGGGUACCAAAUAUACUUUCAGAAGAGUGACAAUAGAAGAAUUGUUGCAAGAUGUGGUAAGAGACAUGAAGAUAAUAGAUGCCCUUUUAGACUUUAUGCAGCAUGGAUGUACAAUGACAGAACCUUUCAGGUUAAAGCAAUGAAUUCUGAGCAUCUUUGUUCUAAAGUGUUUAAAUAUGGGUCUAUUGUUAACCCGGAAUGGAUUGGAAGACACUAUGUAACUGAGAUAGCAAAUAAGCCCAAAGUUAAACUUAGGGAGAUGAUCAGUGACAUCAAACAAAGAUAUAGAUGUGUGGUAUCUAUAGGACAUGUUAGAAGGGCAAAACAGUGGGCAAAAGAACUGAUUGAGGGGUGUAGGAAGGUAAUAGGGUUGGAUGGAUGCUUCCUAAAGGGUCAGGUAAAAGGUGAAUUACUCACAGCUAUAGGUAGAGAUGCUAAUAACAAAGUGUUCCCAAUAGCUUGGGCUGUUGUUGAUGUGGAAAACAAGGAUAAUUGGACCUGGUUUCUGGAGCUUCUGAAGGAUGAUCUUGACCUUGGUACUGGUGUAGAUUUGGUUGUUAUUUCUGAUCAACAUAAAGUAAGUUCCCUUAUAAUUAUAGUAUACUUCAAUUUGAUUAUUUCAAUAUGGUUAUAA